AUGGCCCCACCAAUCUUAUCUGAGCCCGAGGAAUAUUGGGAUGAAGAGGAAGAUGAGGAUCUCUAUGACGAGCAAGGAUACACAACUGCCCACUCAUACCGCUCUCAUGGGGACAACACGACUGGCGGCGCCACGGUUGUUCUCGCUCCCAAGGUCACCGCAAAAAUUCAGAAGGAAUUGGAUGAAGCCAGGAUCUUGACCGAGACGUCGCUAUCUCAAGAGGAUAUUGACGAGGAAGAAUGGGAUGUGAGCAUGGUUGCUGAAUACGGGGAGGAGAUCUUCUCAUAUAUGAGAGAUCUUGAGAUGCGCAUGGUACCGGACCCUCACUACAUGGAUAUACAGACGGAAAUCCAAUGGUCCAUGCGGUCGGUUUUGAUGGAUUGGCUUGUCCAAGUCCAUAACCGAUUUUCUUUACUACCGGAAACACUGUUUCUUACAGUUAACUAUAUCGACCGAUUCCUCUCCCGCAAGAUCGUCUCUCUCGGCAAAUUACAACUUGUUGGCGCCACUGCCAUAUUCGUUGCAGCUAAAUACGAGGAGAUCAACUGCCCCUCUGUGCAGGAGAUUGUCUUCAUGGUCGAUGGCGGCUACACUGUGGAUGAGAUCUUGAAGGCAGAACGCUUUAUGCUCUCCAUGCUUUGCUUCGAGCUGGGCUGGCCUGGUCCAAUGAGUUUCCUCAGACGUAUCAGCAAAGCCGACGACUACGAUCUGGAGACUCGCACAUUGGCCAAAUACUUUCUCGAGGUCACAAUCAUGGAUGAAAGAUUCGUGAGCAGCCCGCCUAGCUAUUUAGCUGCUGGCGCCCACUGCUUGGCGAGAUUGAUGCUCAAAAAGGGAGAUUGGAAACAUCACAAUGCAGUCUACGAGAAGUACUGCGAUCGCCGAUUCAAGCGCGCUGCUGCGUUCGUCGAAGAGCAAAUCGGUCGCGGCUUCACACUGCCCUACCACCAUUCCCUACCUCGCCCUUCCAUGGCUUCGAAUAUCAUGGACGACGACUCAGCGCUUAUGCGAUAUCCUCCACCACAAACUUCAGGGUUGCUUAUCCCUAUUGAAGGCUAA